AUGGCGGAAAUUCAAACGGACGAGAAGGGCGUGCCAGUCCACACGCUUCCUGGAGGCCGGACAGUGUCGCCCGUCAAUUUGGAUGAAAAGCGCGCCUCGCUUGCCUCUACACGCGUGGGACAAAAGAUCCUUGCCCACAGUAACGAUGCCGACGAGGCCAUGAAGGCGUUUGCCGAUGGGGAGGUCUUGGAGAUUGACGAGGCCACCAACAAGCGACUCCUUCGCAUCAUCGACUGGCAUCUCAUGCCUCUUAUGUGCGUCAUCUAUGGCCUCAACUAUCUCGACAAGACCACCUUGUCUUAUGCCAGUAUCAUGGGCAUCAAAAAAGAUAUCGGCCUGGUCGGUGACGACUAUCAGUGGUUGGGAAGUAUGUUUUACUUUGGAUACCUCGCUUGGGAGUACCCCACGAACAGACUCCUCCAGAGACUUCCUCUCGCCAAGUACUCUGCCUUCUGCAUCUGCGCUUGGGGGAUCGUGCUCGCUCUAUUCGCGACCGUGUCGAAUUUUGGCGGAGCAGUGGCUGUCAGAUUUUUCCUCGGAGUCUUCGAAGCCGCCGUCACCCCCGGCUUCGCUCUCCUGACCAGUCAGUGGUGGACUAAAUCUGAGCAGGGUGCUCGGACAGGGUUCUGGUUUUCUUUCAACGGCUUCGGCCAGAUCUUUGGCGGGCUGGUUUCGUACGGCAUUGCAGUCGGCUCCCGAAAGCACGGCUCGGCCAUUGCACCCUGGAAAAUCGUCUUCUUGGUCAACGGCUGCCUGACGGCCGUCUUGGGAGUCGUCUUCUUCUUCGUCAUGCCGGACAACCAGCUCAACGCUAGAUGGCUGAAGCCGCGUGAUCGUGUGUUGGCGGUCGAGCGUAUUCGCUGCAACGUCCAGGGAGUGGGUAAUCGACAUUUCAAGAUGUACCAAUUCCGGGAAGCCUUGACUGACCCUCUGACAUGGGCCUUUGCGUUCUACGCCUUGACCGCCGAUAUCCCAAAUGGAGGUAUUUCCAACUUCUUUUCACAACUGAUCGUCUCAUUCGGCUACACUCCCGAAGAAUCUCUGCUGUACGGGACGCCUGGCGGCGCCGUCGAGGUCGUUUCUUUGAUGUUCUGCGGCUGGCUGGGCGACCGGCUCGGACAACGGAUCUUGGUGUCCAUGGGAGGGUUGAUCGUCGCAUUACUCGGCAUGAUCCUCAUUGUCGCUCUCCCUCUCGACAACAACUCGGGCCGUCUUGCCGGCUACUAUCUCACCCAAGCAUCGCCGACUCCCUUCGUUGCGCUCUUGAGUCUCGUCGCCACAAAUGUUGCCGGCUACACCAAGAAAACCACCGUGGCGGCGCUGUACCUGAUCGCGUACUGCGUCGGUAACAUAAUCGGGCCGCAGACCUUCCGGCCCAAGGACGCCCCGAGAUACGUACCGGCAGAGAUCACCAUCAUUGUGUGUUGGGGGGUUUGUCUGGUCGAUCUGGUUUUCAUUUGGUUUUAUUGCAAGCGCAUGAAUAAGCGCAAGGCUGAGGCUAGGGCGGAGCCUGGCUACGUCAAGCUGGAGAAUCAAGAGUGA